UGUCUAUUGGCGUUCGUUUACCAUUUAGUAUUUUUUCCGGAAAAUUUAGCAUGCCAAACUGGUACUACGAGAAGAAAGAUCUCCGAAAUACACCCUCCAUUCGGGAUGGAAUCGACUUUGAGGCGGAGCGCCGCUACCGGAAGGAAGGAGCCAGAUUCAUCAUGCAAACCGGCACCUCGAUGGGCUUAGGGCACAACACAGUCGCCACCGGUGUCGUCUAUUUUCAUCGGUUCUACAUGUUUCAUUCAUUCAAAACCUUCCCACGGUAUGUGACCUCUUGCUGUUGCCUGUUCCUGGCCGGAAAGGUGGAGGAGACUCCCAAGAAGUGUAAGGAUAUUAUCAAAACGGCCCGGUCGUUAUUGACGGAUCAGAAAUUUGGCUCGUUUGGGGAUGACCCGAAGGAGGAAGUAAUGACCUUGGAGCGUAUUCUACUGCAGACGAUCAAGUUCGAUUUACAGGUUGAGCAUCCUUAUUCUUUCCUAGUAAAGUACGCCAAGUGUCUGAAAGGAGACAGCGCUAAGCUUCAGAAAAUGGUUCAAAUGGCAUGGAAUUUCGUUAACGAUUCGCUAAGUACCACUGUCUCCCUCCAAUGGGAACCGGAAAUUAUUGCAGUCGCAUUGAUUUAUCUUGCUAGUAAGUUAAGCAAGUUUACCGUGGCCGAUUGGAUUGGGAAGCAACCAGAACACUUAAAGUGGUGGGAUAUGUUUGUCCAGAAUGUGACGAUGGAAAUUUUGGAGGACAUUUGCCAUCAAGUUCUGGAUCUAUAUCAACAACCCAACAACGAGUCUCCUCCGGAUAGCCCACCACAACUACCUCCAAGUAAAGCAUCUCCUCCGAUGAAACGAGCCAAUAUAUCCCCUGUAACGAUCAAAAGUUCGCCAACCCCUACUAAUCCACCUCCGAAGACAUCUGUACCUCCACCACCCAUUGACAUCGAAGCAAAUCCUAUACCAAAACACAUUACGACGGAUAACUCGUCGCAUAGUGGGAACUAUGGGAAUUAUCCAAUCUACCCUUUGCACCAAGGUCCUCCGCCGUCGCAACCACCGCAUGGCGGACCACCUCCCUACAAUUCUGGAGUGCCUCCUCCGUCGGGUCCUCCACCGCAAGUCUGGCAGCAUUUCGCACAUCCGCACCCCAAUAGUGGUUAUUACCCGCCCGGCUCGACUGGAGGACGUAACAAUUACUAUCCACCCCAGUGAAGGAUUUGGGAAAAUAACUA